AUGGAUCCACUGAUUUCUGCUGCUUCUGUUAUCGCUGCUGGGUUGGCCGUCGGGCUUGCUUCUAUUGGACCUGGAGUUGGUCAAGGUACAGCUGCAGGGCAAGCUGUAGAAGGGAUUGCGCGACAACCGGAAGCAGAGGACAAAAUAAGGGGUACUUUAUUACUUAGUCUGGCUUUUAUGGAAGCUUUAACUAUUUAUGGGCUGGUUGUAGCAUUAGCACUUUUAUUUGCCAAUCCUUUUGUUUAA